CAACCUUACGCCGCUCUUCAAGCUCCCUAAGGUUUUUCCGAGGUUUUUGUCGAUCUCAAACUUCUGAUUCCAUGGAAGAAGUUGAGAGAGUGGAGGAAGUCGAAGAACAGAGAGAUGACAGAGAAGAAGAAAAAGUAGAAGAAGAAGAGCCAGAUAAGAGUUUCGAGGAGCUCGGGCUUGAUUCUCGUCUCAUUCGUGCCCUAAGUAAAAAGGGUAUAGAGAAACCCACUCUUAUUCAGCAAACAGCCAUUCCUUAUAUUCUGCAAGGAAAAGAUGUGGUUGCUAGGGCUAAGACGGGCUCAGGUAAGACCUUGGCCUACCUUCUGCCAUUGCUCCAGAAGCUAUUUUCAGUUUCUGGGAGCAAGAAGAAGCUUGCUCCUUCUGCAUUUGUUCUCGUUCCCUCUCGAGAAUUAUGCCAGCAGGUCUACACGGAGGUUGCUUCGCUUAUCGAGUUGUGUCGUGUUCAGCUGAAAGCAGUGCAGUUGACUAGUAGUAUGCCUGCAUCUGAAAUGCGUAACGCAUUGGCCGGACUGCCUGAGAUUCUUGUCACCACACCUGCUUGUAUUCCAAAAUGUUUUGCCGACGGAGUUUUAGAUCCCGCAGCUAUCAGUGACUCUCUUGACAUUUUGGUUCUUGAUGAGGCAGAUCUUUUGUUGUCAUAUGGAUAUGAAGAUAAUCUAAGGUCGGUAACAUCAAUAGUCCCAAGACGUUGCCAAUGCCUUCUUAUGUCUGCUACCACGAGUUCUGAUGUUGAAAAAUUGAAGAAAUUGAUUCUGCACAACCCGGUCGUUUUGACCUUGCAAGAAGGUGCUGACAAGGAAGAGCCCGUCCCAAGUAAUGUUCAGCAGUUUUGGAUUUCUUGCAGUGCUCAGGAUAAACUACUGCACAUUCUUGCUCUCCUGAAGCUAGAGGUGGUUCAGAAGAAAAUUCUGAUAUUCAUCAAUACGAUUGACAUGGGUUUCAAGUUAAAACUAUUCUUGGAAAAGUUUGGAAUAAAGUCUGCUAUUUUAAACGGGGAGUUGCCUCAGAAUUCUCGGCUUCAUAUCCUUGAGCAAUUCAAUGCAGGUCUUUUUGAUUAUUUGAUUGCGACGGAUGAUAAUAACCAAACUAAAGAAAAGGAAGAGGCUAAAGGUGAAGACAACAAGGAGAAUAAAAAGAACAAGAGGCGUGGCAAGCCAAAGCUGGACGCUGAGUUUGGUGUAGUUAGGGGAAUAGAUUUCAAAAAAGUUCACACGGUCAUAAACUAUGAUAUGCCUCAAAGUGUUACAGGAUAUAUUCAUCGAAUUGGGCGUACAGGGAGAGCAUAUAGCAGUGGUUCUUCCGUUUCCCUUGUAUCUCCUGAUGAGAUGGAAGGGUUUGAAGAAAUAAAAUCUUUCUUAGCAGGCGAAGAGGACAAGAAUAGUGAUAUCAUCACACCCUUCCCUUUGUUGACCGAAAAUGCUGUUGAGUCUUUGAGAUACAGAGCUGAGGAUGUUGCAAAGAGUGUUACAAAGGUUGCGGUUCGAGAAUCUCGAGCUCAGGAUUUAAGAAAUGAGAUAAUCAACUCCGAAAAAUUAAAGUCUCAUUUCGAAGCUAAUCCAAGAGACUUGGAUCUACUGAAACAUGACAAGCUUCUGAGUAAGACUGCGCCUGCACCACAUCUAAGGGACAUCCCCGAGUAUCUAGUGGACCCAAAGACUCAAGAAGCAAGCAAGAUGGUGAAGCUAGCCAGAGCCGCGAUGGGCAACAACAGUAGGAGAUCCGGUGCUCGCAACAACUCAAACAAGAAACGAUCCAGAAAAGGCGGAGACCCUCUCAAAACCUUCAACGUCAAUGGAUCUAAUAAGAGAGGACAUGGUGGCGGCAUUGGCCAGAAGAAGGAUGGUAAAGGAUCUAACGACGGCUCCACCAAACACAAGAAACCGAAGACAGUCUAGGGUCUUCGGUUUUAUUUGCUGAUGUGUGACCAAAUUUUGACUAGUUAUGAUCACACAAAUGAAAGGAGAGAGAUUUUUGCAAGGUUGUGAGUUGUGACGAUGCGUAUCAACCAUAGAUUAUAACCUUUCUUAGGCUUUCACAAAAUUAUGUGAUUUUAACGCCAAAAUUUUGUAGGGCUUGAAACAUUGACAAUGAUGUUACAUUAUAUUACACAUGGUCAUGAUGGACUCAUUUUGAUUUUUUCGUUCUUUUUGACA